AAAAUUACAAGAAUUUACAAAUGAACAAACACCAACUGAUAAACAUAUUCAAUUAGCUAAAAAGAUUACAAAGAAAUUAACAAUAGAUUUUAAUCCACAUGAAUUUACAAAUCCAUCACUUCAACAAUUUUAUCAAUCAUUACAAGCAUUAGCUUUAGAACAUUCAAAUAUUGAACAAAUUGAAGAUGUUUUAAAACCUGAUAAGGAGGGUAUGAAGAAGUAUGAAAAUUUAAUGAAUGAAUUUAAAGAUAUGAUAUUCCCUUCUGAUUAUGAUCCUGAUUCUAAAAAGUUGACAAAAUCAACAACACGUACUUCUUCUUCAAAGGUUAAGAAGGAAGAAGAAGAAGAAGCAACAACAGCAGCAGCAGACUCUCAAGAUGUAUCUGAAUCAACAUCUAAAAAGAAAACUGCAACACGUAAAAAGACUAAUGAUUCCAAGAAACGUAAAAAGGCAGAAGAAUCUGAAGAGGAAGAAGAAAAAAAGCCAAAGAAAAAGAAGGCUGAAUUAUCUGAAUCUGAUGAAGAAGAAGAAGAAAUUGAUAUGGUACAAUUAAUUAAAGAUGGUAAAGCAGAUAAAUUGAAAGUAGAUAUUUUGAAAGAAUUUUGUAAACAAUACAAAUUGAAAAUGAUGAAGAUUGACCACAUAUUUGAAUUGACACAUUGUCAUUUCUACUUCCUAAGAAUCUAA